CGCCGUUGCGUUCGGGUUGUAUGCCGCUUGCCGGCGUUCAUCUGUCAAACGCUUCGAUAUCGAUGUUAUACUCUUGUCGUUUUAUUAAGUAUGACACGGAGUAACUGAUUAGCUGAGUUAGAGAUGGCUUGCAGCAUGCUAGCGGGCGUGGCGCUCUUGUGCGCCCUAGCGGCGCCGCUGGCCGCUGUCACGCUGCUGCCCCACGACGUGCGCCCCGGACACGCCGUCCGACACUUCGUAGGCAACCAUUCCCAUUACAAGAUGCUCGAUCCCGACCUAGAGCCCUACUUCACUCUACUCGACGACGGCCUACUGAUGACCAUAGCCGACCUCGCUCCUCUUCUCGACCGCCCACUGAACCUCGCAAUAUUGGAGCAAACACCCUACAGCAGCGCCGCUCAUUCCGUCCCACUGCUCGUGGUCGAUCGAAAGCGCAUGCUCCAUUUCCCUACCACCAACGGGUUGCGCGGAGAGAUACCAGAAAACGCUCCCUCGGGAUCUGUCGUCGAUUUGCCACCUAUCAAAGCCACAUCACUCCAUGAUUCAGGACCCGUCGCUUACAAAAUUGUAAAAGGAAAUGAAGAUCCCAUUUUCGCGCUACGUGACAAGAUCAAGGGAGAUAUCGUCCCGGAAGUUAGAUCGGUUAUUACGGAAGGAGACGUGGAGAUUAUUGCGACUCGUCCAUUAGACGCUGAAGAGAAAAGCUCCUACGAAAUAGUAGUUCAGGCGACAGAUUUGAAAGGUACUAAUAAGGCUAGUCUUCCAAUUAGAAUAGACGUCGCUGAUGAAAACGACCACGCGCCCGCAUUUGAACAAGACGUUUAUUAUUUCGCUGUAAAUGGCACUAUUGAUGAAAACGGACCUAAUGGGACUGCGCAUUGGCAGAGAUUUUCGAAUAUUGGUCAAGUGCACGCGUAUGAUGCCGAUGGAGAUCGCGUGUACUACUCGUUGACAAUGCCUAGUAAUUUGGCUGUCAUUGUGCCGCAAACUGGGGAGUUGAUCCUGGCCGGUGAGCCGGAUGGGCAUGAAGUGGAAGUGCGGGUGUUGGCGCACGAUACGGGCUCGCCGCCGCGCAAGAGUCGCCCAGCGCGCGUCUUCAUCGACUUCGUGGUACCUGAACGUACCGAACUACCGGCGCUCCACCGUGAGAAGCGCCGGGUGACACGUGCUGUGAGACCUACUAAACGUACAGAAUUCUCCGAGGCUGAUGGUGAAGUGGAAGGACGUUCUGUGUUUACUCUCGAAAAGGAAACUGACCGCGAAACCUUUAAAAUUCGGGACGAAAAUCCGUGGGUCACCGUCGAGCCCAGUGGUGUAGUGAAAGUUAAAAAGAAGUGGGACUAUGAGGAGCUUGGACCUGAGAAGACAAUUGACUUCUGGGUGACCAUCACCAACGCUGGAAAUGGAGACACGGAUAACCAGCGUGUGAUCAUCCACGUGAAGGAUGUGAACGAUGAGCCUCCGUACUUUAUCAACCGACCACUGCCGAUGCAGACGGUGGUCCAACUGAACGCUGCCCCCAACACUCCGGUGUUCACACUACAGGCUCGGGAUCCAGACACGGACCACAACAUCCACUACUUCAUCGUGAGGGAUAGGACUGGAGGCAGAUUCGAAGUCGACGAGCGCUCGGGUGUCGUCCGCACUAGAGGCACUGAUCCUUUCCAGUUGGACAUGGAGUACGUGUUAUAUGUGAAGGCCGAAGAUCAGAGUGGCCGCGUCGACGAGCGCCGCUUCCAGUCGACACCGGAGGAGCGGCUGAGCAUCGUGGGCGGCAAACGUGCCCCGCAGUUCUACUUACCCAGCUACGAAGCCGAGAUCGCUGAGAACCAGAAGAAGGAUUCUGACAUCAUCUCAGUGAAAGCGAAGUCGUUUGCUGACCGUGAGAUCCGCUACACUCUGAAGGCUCAGGGCCAGGGCGCCGGCACCUUCAACAUCGGGCCUACGUCGGGCAUCGUCAAGUUGGCCAAGGAACUGGACUUCGAGGACCUGAGACAGCCGCAUGUCUACUCGCUGGUGGUUACUGCUACUGAAGAUUCUGGAGGAUUUUCUACGUCCGUUGAGUUAACAAUUCGCGUUACGGACGUGAAUGACAACGCGCCGAAGUUCGAGCUGCCCGACUACCAGGCUCACAACGUCGACGAGGACAUACCGCUGGGCACCAGCAUACUCAAGGUCAAAGCCAUGGAUGCCGACUCGGGGAAAAAUGCAGAGAUCGAAUAUUUAGUGUCCGAUGAUCACUUCAGUGUCGACUCCAACGGCAUCAUUACGAACAAUAAGCAGCUUGACGCGGACAAUAACAAUGCUUACUACGAGUUCGUUGUCACAGCUAAAGAUAAAGGCGAACCCGCUAAAACUGGCACUGCUACAGUUCGAGUUUACACUAAGAACAAGAACGACGAGGAACCCAAAUUCUCACAACAAGUAUACACGCCUAAUGUAGAUGAAAAUGCUGGACCCAAUACGUUAGUAACAACUGUAGUCGCUUCAGACAAAGACGGUGAUAAUGUUAGGUUUGGCUUCGUCGGUGGCGGCACCAGCUCUGGACAAUUCGUCAUUGAAGAAAUAACUGGAGUAAUUCGCUUGCACAACAAAGCUAUAUCAUUGGACAGAGAUAAGUACGAACUCAAUGUUACUGCCAUGGACGAUGGAGCUUGCUGCGUUAAUGGAGAUGCCACGAUUCACACUUCGACUGCCGUCGUAGUAGUGUUUAUAACUGAUGUUAACGACAAUAAACCCAUUUUCAAAGAAUGCCCAACCUACUACCCAAAGGUUGAGGAAGGAGCUCCUAACGGUAGUCCUGUAUUGAAAGUUCAUGCGACUGACGAAGAUAAAGGAGUAAACGGACAAGUUAAAUAUUCGAUCGUGCAGCAACCUAAUCAAAAAGGCACUAAAUUUACGGUCGACGAAGAAACUGGCGAAGUAUCAACUAACAAAGUGUUCGACAGAGAAGGCGAUGAUGGUAAAUUUGUAUCGGUAACGGUGAAGGCUACGGACCAAGGUGAACCAUCUUUAGAGGGCGUAUGCUCUUUCACAGUCGAAAUCACUGACGUAAACGACAACCCACCGCUAUUUGACAGACAAAAAUAUGUGGAGAACGUCAAACAGGACGCCAGUAUAGGUACAAACAUAUUGAGAGUGUCAGCAUCCGACGAAGAUGCAGACAAUAACGGCGCCAUAGUUUACACUCUGAGCGCCCCGUACAAUCCGGGAGAUAUCGAAUAUUUCGAAAUCCAGCCCGAAUCGGGCUGGAUCGUUCUAAAGAAGCCCCUCGACCGGGACAGGUACCGUCUGCGCGUGCGCGCCUCCGACCGAGGCGAGCCGCCCUCCUCCGCAGACGUGGACGUUGAAUUAGACGUGGUAGACAGGAACAAUAAGCCCCCCAUCUGGGACAUGACCACGUAUGGCCCCGUUCACAUCAAAGAGAAUGUCACAGUGGGUACCGUAGUGACCAGUGUGAAAGCCAGGUUGCGAGAAACGUACAAGUUGGAGGCUAUGGCUCAAGACAAGGGCUUCCCGCCCUUGUCCAGAACCGUGGAGGUCCAGAUAGACGUAGUGGAUCGCGCGAACAAUCCCCCCGUGUGGGACCACACGGUGUACGGCCCGGUCUACAUUCGAGAGAACUUGCCCGUGGGCGCCAAAGUGGUGUCCGUGAAAGCAAGCUCGGGCAUAGAGAACAAUCCGACCGUGUUUUACCGGUUGAUGCCCGGAUCGACAGCCCAAACGAAUAAGUUUCAUACGUUUUAUUUGCAACAAAGAGCUGAUAAUGGAUUUACGUGGGCUGAUAUAAAAGUUAACCACCCGUUGGACUAUGAGACCAUUAAGGAGUACAAUUUGACGAUACGAGUGGAGAACAACGGCGCUCAACAACUGGCUUCGGAAGCAACGGUCUUCAUCAUGCUAGAGGACGUCAACGACGAGAUACCGCUCUUCACUGAACGAGAACAGGAGACUGUGCUGGAAGGAGAGCCCAUAGGCACGAAGGUCACACAAGUGAACGCGAUAGACAAGGACGGCACGUUUCCCAACAACCAGGUGUAUUAUUACAUCGUGGACUCGCCGCGGAACGAGGGCAAGGACUUCUUCGAGAUCAGCAUGCAGACGGGCGAGAUCUUCACGAAGGUGGUCUUCGACAGGGAGAAGCAAGGCGCCUACGCGCUUGAGGUCGAGGCACGGGACGGCGCGCCCUCCGCGCGGCCCAACUCCGACAACCUACCCAACUCAGGUCAGUUCAAUCAAUUAACACACACAUAUAUAUAA